AAAGAAGAGGAUGAUGCAGAAUCUCAGCUGAUAAAUGAAGGAAAUAAGGAACCAGAUUUUUCAGUGGUUCAACAUGAACAGCAGCCACCAGAACACGUACCAACUGGACCGGACCAGAAAGACCUCUGCGGAAAUCAGGAGGGAGAUCAGCUUGAACAGAAGCAGAUUGUUACUUUGAGUGAAACUUCUACUCUGCAGGACGGUAGUUUGAUUAGAGAACCAAAACUUGAGGAGCUUUCUUUUCAAAUAUCUCCUGUAAUUGAGAGCAAAGAUCAGGAAGGAAGCAGCUCUUCUGUAUCAGACAGUCAGUCUCAUAUUGACUCAAAGAAAAGGUCUUUCAAAUGUGACAUAUGUGGAAGAUGGUACAAACAUCAGGCUAACUUAAAAAACCAUCACAGAAGCCACACUGGUGAAUGGCCUUUUUCAUGUGAAUCGUGUAGUAAAGGUUUCUCUAAAAUUAGCGCUUUAAAACGGCACAAGAAAAUUCAUACCGGAGAGGAAUCUUUUUUGUGUCAGUCAUGUGGAAAAAGUUUCACUCGAAUUGGUGAUUUAAAUGUCCACAAGAGAACACAUACAGGUGAGAAGCCUUUUUCAUGCCAGGCUUGUGGAAAAUGUUUCUCCCGAAUUGGUAAUUUAAAUGUCCACAAAAGAACUCAUACAGGUGAGAAGCCUUUUUCUUGUCAAACAUGCGGAAAAAGUUUCUCUCACAUGUGUAGUUUAACCAUUCAUAAGAGAAUUCAUACAGGUGAGAAGCCUUUCACUUGUGAAACUUGCGGACAGAGUUUCUUUCAAAUUAGUAGCUUAAUCACUCACGAGAGAAAUCAUACAGGUGAGAGACCGUUUUUAUGUAAAGCAUGUGGAAAAACUUUCUCUCGAAUUGAUCAUUUAAACGUACACUUGAAAAUUCACACAGGUGAGAGAUCUUUUUCUUGCGACAUAUGUGGAAAAUGUUUUAAAACAAGUUCAAAUUUGAAUGACCACAGAAGAAUUCACACAGGUGAGAAACCUUAUACAUGUGAAAAAUGUGGAAAAAGCUUCAUUAAUGUUUGGAAAUUGAAUUUCCACAUUAAACAAAAACACUUGACUGUCACAUAGUUUAACUAUAGUUUAACUUUUCCUGGUAGUAUUUAUCUUUGCAACGAAAAUUGACUAAACCAGGUUGUAGGAAACCUCUCCCAGUCUGUAAAAAGCAGCAACUCAGACCUCAGAAACAAACACCUGUUCCAUACUGUGGUUGACUGGUUCACCCCUGCUAUUAAGAAUAUGAGCAUAUCUACAAUAUCAAAUAAUGCAGCUUAGGGACUUGAGUUUGCCAUCAAGUUUGGAAAUAAAAUGUCAUAACCGUGUAGAUGCUUUUAGAUGUAGUUCAGCAUGAUAAUGGAGGUCUUGUUUUAAACUCCUUAAUUCAAUUUUCUUUGUAAAUUCUUUUAGAAAAAAAAGUUGGUCCAUCUGUCCAGUAGCUGAAGCUUGUUUGAAACUGGGUCAACAACAAGAUAACAAAAUAAUUAUUGGGUUGGAAUGUCCUAGUCAAAGACCAAACUUGAGGCUUACAGAGAUAAUGAUGUUCAGAGAGCUGUGCUGAUUUCUGAUCUAAAGCAGGACUCUAUUAAAGAUAGUGAAAAUUUCUCCAUAGUAAUGAUGUUUUAGGUUUUAUACCUUUUGUUCAUAUCUAUAAACUGAACAUCAAUACAUUUUAUUUUAUGUAUGUUUUUUAAAUGGGUCAAAGUUUCUGCUUUUAAUUUGAAUGUUUAUAAGAGACUUGAUUGAUAGUUGACUUUCCAAGUUGAAUGUAUAGAUGUGUCACAAAAAGUGCAUAAUCACAAACAUAUAUGGCAACAAGCAUUUUCCCGCCAUGACCCUCAGACAGUCACACAAACAGAUGUAAUAUGAACAGCUCACAUUCCUCCUUUGCCCUGUUCACCUCUUUAGACGUAGCAUCACCCCAACACUGAAAAAUGGAUGAUUGUCACAGAAAUUUACUUUAUGCAAUGUGCAACUUUUCUUAAAGGGAUAGUAUUAUGUCAUAUAGACUUUUUGAGUUUUAUAUUAUGUUAUAAUGUUAUUCACUCAUCAAAGAUGUACCUGGACUGUGACCUUGAUUCUUUCAUGCACGUUGAAAAGUUUCUGCAUAAGGCUUUGUGUUAUCCAAAUAAACCUCAGAAUUUCAUGAA